UGAAAAAAGCUAACUCAGGGAAUGGCUGAGCACAAUAAAGCAAUGUCAGCUGCCAAGACUGAUGAGGAGAGGAAUACCAUUAAAACUCAGAAGCAGAACACUACAUCCGGACUGCGAACCUGCAAUAAUAUCCUUGCCAUGACUAAGCCAUUGCAUUCAAAGACACCUUCAUUUAUUGGAGACAAGAGCAUCAGCCUCUCCUGGAAAGAGGCAGUCAAAGCUUCUGCACCUGCAACAAAUACGGGGACUGGAGGAAAACGAUCCGCUAGUGCUGUGAAUGGUUCCAGUAAUGCGGCAUCAAAAAAGGGACGUGGAGCGGGCGGUAUGCAAAACCAGCUUGUUAAUAGAGCAUUUGAAGGUUUGUCCCAGGGUGGGCGUGGUGGUGGGAGAGGAAGAGGAAGGGGUUGGGGUGGACGUGGAAGAGGAAGAAAUUAUCGGUAGAUUGCGG